UUGUCAAGCCAGGAGCUUUCUUGGGGUCAGUUUGGACCGUCCUGCUGUGAAGUACGGGACAAACUGAGGGUUAGAACCCAGCGGAUCAGGGCAGGAGGAGAGGCUAUGCAAAUUGUCUCCUCCAGUUCUGCGACGUUGCAGGUGUCAUUCUUGCACAUACACACAUAGACGCAGCAGCAGCUGGCAGCCUGUUCAGCCCGACAGGAUGACAGGGCGGCUUCUGCUCCUCGCUCAGGUGUGUUUCUUCCUGGCCGCUGCAGGUGCGACGGGCCGAUCGUGCCGCGGAAAGCAGGCGACCUUCCGCAGGACCCAUCGCGACGAAGCGCAGCAGAGGACCGGCGUGUCGCGGGUGCAGAGGGACGUGACCCCCCGCAGCUCCAUCACCUGUCACUUGGCGCUAGCGGAGCAGGAGAGGAAGGUGCUGGAUGACAACACGCACGAGACAGCUUUCCACGGAGACGACGGCUCCACGUUCACGCUGUCCUGGGUCGGGGACGGAACCGGGGUGAUCUUGGUGCUGUCCACAGUGAACGUUCCAUCUGGUUUCAACUUUGAGGGAAGAUCCUCGCGGCUGUACCGGAGUGGAGAUUACGGAAAAACCUUCCAUGAUAUCUCCAGUGUCAUGAACAACAGGUUCGUAAAACAAGAGUUUGGAAUUGUCACCGGGCCUGGGAACUCCCAUCAGGUGAUUCUCACAGUGGAUGUGCCUGUUUCGGAGGAGAACGGAGGGGUCAUCUUCAGUUCCGUCGAUGCAGGCAUGUCCUUCAAAGAAGUUCAGCUGCCCUUCCACCCCAGCCAACCCAUCUCCUUCCAUUUCUCAAAUGCCAGCUAUCUUGUUGCCAUUGGUACUGACAGUGCCAUGUGGCUAUCCACUGACUUUGGCAACAGCUGGAGGAAAGUACAUGAAGGUGUUCAAUCGUACAUGUGGGGUCCUGGAAUCACGCUAUUUCUCAGCUCCAGCCCUAGAGGAACAGUUGAUGCUGACAGGAGAGGCGAGUUGUUGCUGAGGAGGUCACAGGACCUAGGCGAGACAUUCACCACCAUUGCCCAGAGGAUCUUCUCCUUCGGCUACAUUGGAGGCUUCCUGUUCACCUCUGUCAUGGAGAAACUGGGAGAGCCACGCAUCAUCUAUGUGUCCUCAAACUUAGGAGACAGCUUCAACAGAGCUCAGCUACCCUCUGCCACCAAGGAGCAGUUCUACUCUGUCCUUGAUGGGGAUGAGGACAUGAUCUUCAUGCAUGUGGACGAUCCGGGAGACACAAACUUUGGGACCAUCUACACGUCCGAUGACCGGGGGGUGGUCUACUCUAAGUCUCUAGAGCGCCACCUGUUCGGUGCAGAGGGGAAGAGUGAUUUCACCAACAUAACAUCCCUGAGAGGGGUCUACCUCACCAACGUCCUGGAGAAAGAUGGACGUAUACGGACAGUAAUCUCCUUUGACCGCGGCGGAGAGUGGAGGCUACUGAACAAGCCGAACAACACAGAAUGCGGACAUAACAUAAAAAAAUGUAACCUUCACAUCCAUGGAGAGUACAGCCACGUUAAAGGUCUCGCUCCCGUGCUUCCUCUGUCCGACCCCAGUGCUGUUGGCCUCAUCAUCGCCCAUGGCAGCCUGGGAGACUCCAUCACCUCGGUUCCGCCAGAUGUCUACGUGUCCAGCGAUGGGGGGUACACAUGGACACGCACCCUCAGGGGUUCCCACCAUUACGCCAUUCUGGACUCCGGAGGACUCCUGGUGGCUGUUGAGGCCCGCGGCGACCGGCUUGUCAGCGUUGUCAAGUUCUCCACAGAUGAGGGCCAGUGCUGGAAGAUCUACAACUUCACAGAGCAGCCCAUUUUCUUGGCCGGACUGGCAUCCGAGCCUGGAACCAAGACCUUGAACAUCAGCAUCUGGGGUUACCGCACUGAGGAGAACUUCAAGACCACAUGGGUGACCGUCACCAUCGACUUUGAGCACCUGCUUACCAGAGAGUGUGAGGACGAGGACUACGAGGAGUGGUUAGCGCACUCUGACAUGGGCUUGGACUCAGAAACCAGAGGGUGCAUCCUGGGAUACCGGGAGACCUUCAAGAGGCUAAAGAAGCUAUCGGUAUGCAGGAACGGUCGGAACUACGUUGUCGCCCGAGAAGAGAGCCCUUGCCUCUGCACCAGAGAGGACUACUUGUGUGACUAUGGCUACUAUCGCCAUGAGAACAGCUCAGAGUGUGUGGAGCAGUUGGACUUUAGGGACCAGGCCUUGGACGUGUGUCUCAAUGGAGAGGAAAAUGAGAUCGUAACCUCUGGGUACCGGAAGAUCCCCGGUGACAGAUGUAAAGGAGGUUUCACUCCUCCACGUCGAAUGAAGACGGUCGGCAAGCAUUGCGGGAAACUAAAAGCGGACCCUCUGGAAUCUGAGACCGUCAUCGUGCUGGCCGUGGUGUGCGUUGCUGCUGUGACUGUACUGAUUACCGCCAUGUUACUCAUUGCUAAGAAGAUGCUUUGCACACGAAGGAUACCAGAGUACCGCUUUUCUGCCCUGCAGCUGCAGGAGGAUGACGAGUGUAUCACAGUGGGCCCACUGCCUGUUGUCAAUGGUAACGGACAAAGUUACCACGGUGAUUCAGAUUCAGAUGAGGAUCUCAUUGAAUAAUCAUGAACCAAAUGGACAUCUUCAAGAGAGGAACCCUCUCUCCUGGAGGCAGAGUACUGGAUGUGCUGAGAGGGUUUUCUACAGAACAAAACUGCUCGGUAUUUGACAUUUCAGGAAAAACCAAAUGUAAAUAUCUUCCAAGCCUGUUUGUAUACUUUUCUACUGUAUUCAUUUUGGAUAGUGGUUUCCAAAAGAUUUGACUUAAUUCCUUUAUACUAUGAGCUUAAGCUGUGUGAAAUAGUAAUUUAUUUGUGGAAGGUAAUACUGCAGCUAUUUAACAGCAUUUUGUAUUUUGUCAGAGCAUCUAAUGGUUUAAAUUUAAAGUUCAAACUCAGAAUCCAUGCGUGAAAUAAAAUGCUGCUGCUGUGGACUGCAUUGCUUUGAAUCGACAUCACAUACAGCAUUUCAGAUUUGGAAAAAAUGACAGUAUAAAGCAAUAAAGUGUAU